GGCGUUGUAGCGGCGGACACUUUUAGCUGAGGGACACUCAAAUGUUUACACGUGAGAAUUGUCCAGAGCAGUAGUUUCUAAACUGAAGUGUUUAAUGCCAUUGUUUGAGGGUUUAAAAUAACAAGACCUCCGUUUAAAAUGGGAAAGCUGAGGAAGAAACACAACUGGAAGGGGCGACAGCAAAGUGACCCCCAACAAGCAGCUGAUGAAGGGAAGACAGACGUGGUGGUGGAACUUCAAGAUGGGGAUAGGCUGAAAGGUGUAGAUGAGAGCAAUGCUUUGGUGCUCCCAGCCAGCAAAGCCACGAAGAAGAAGUCUUCAGUGACACCUGUUUCCACUAAGAAGCCCCUCACCAAGAGGCAGAGGAAGGAGCUGCAGAAGGUCUUGGAGCGCAAGGAGAAGAAAGCUCAGAGAGCAGACAUCCUGACAAAACUGGCUGAGGUGCAGCUUCCAGAGUCUGAACUGAAGCUCCUGUACACCACGUCCAAGCUGGGGACGGGGGAAAAGCUUUACCAGAAUAAACAGUCGGUAGAGGAAUUGGAUGAUGGAGACGCAGGUCCAAAGAUCAGCAGCCUCAGUGGCGCGAACAGGAAGAGAAAAUGGAAAGAAGAAGAGGAAGAGGAAGAACAAAAGUCAGACGACAGCAGUGAUCUGGACACAUCGUCUGAUGAGGAGAAGGAGAAGGAGGAGGAGGAGGAAGAUGGUGAAGUAAAUAACACCACAGAAAUGAAUGGAUCCGAAGAAACAACCUCACCCUGUCAGGAGACCAAACAGGAAGUGAAGGAAGAGCAGAAGGCCACAGAAAAGACGGAGAAGAAGAUUACAGAUCAAGAGAAAGCUCAAAACAAAAAGUUGUCACAGCCGGCUGUUUUCAUUCCUGUCGACAGAUCACCAAAAAUACAGGAGGCUCGUCUGAAGCUGCCCGUGCUGGGAGAGGAGCAGGUCAUCAUGGAAGCAGUGAGAGAAAAUCCCUGCGUCGUCAUCUGUGGAGAGACGGGGAGUGGAAAGACCACACAAGUGCCUCAGUUUCUGUAUGAAGCCGGCUACGCCAGCGGCCAACAGAUUAUUGGUAUCACUGAGCCGAGGAGAGUCGCAGCUGUCAGCAUGUCCCACAGAGUGGCCAAAGAGAUGAACCUGCCUCCACAGGUGGUGUCAUAUCAGAUUCGAUACGAAGGGAAUGUGACGAAGGACACAAAGAUCAAGUUCAUGACGGACGGUGUUCUACUGAAGGAAAUUCAGAAGGAUUUCCUGCUGCAGAGAUACAGCGCGAUAAUCAUAGACGAAGCGCACGAAAGGAGCGUCUACACAGACAUCCUCAUCGGAUUACUGUCUCGCAUCGUCCCUCUCAGAAACAAGAAAGGCAUGCCCAUGAAGCUGCUGAUCAUGUCAGCUACUCUGCGUGUCGAGGACUUCACCGAGAACCAGAAGCUGUUUCGAGUGCCUCCGCCCGUCAUCAAGGUGGACGCUCGUCAGUUCCCGGUCACGAUCCAUUUCAACAAACGCACCCCGCUGGAUGAUUACACCGGAGAGGCCUUUCACAAGACCUGCAAAAUCCACCGCAUGCUGCCUCCAGGUGGUAUCCUGGUGUUUCUGACCGGUCAGGCUGAGGUUCACAGUCUCUGCAGAAAGCUGAGAAAUGCUUUCCCCUUCAGGAAGGGCAACACAGACACUGCCGAAGAUGAGGAAGAAGACACAACAGAGUCGAUCAGGAAGUUUAAAAAGGCCAAACAGAAGAAGGCUGUGUCUUUGCCCCGCAUCAGCUUGGACAACUACUCCGCCCUGCCGGUGGAUGAAGGGGAUGAGGACAGAGAGGCGGGAAUCGGAGACGAGGAGGACGGAGGCUCGGACCUCGACAUCGGAGACGAUCCCGCUGAUUCAGAGGAGAAAGCUGACCCAUCCAUUCCUCUCUACGUCCUUCCUCUCUACUCUCUGCUGGCUCCUGAGCAGCAAGCUAAGGUGUUCAGGCCUCCUCCACCUGGUGCUCGUCUCUGCGUCGUAGCCACCAACGUGGCCGAGACGUCUCUGACCAUCCCCGGCAUCAAGUACGUGAUCGACUGCGGUCGAGUUAAGAAGCGUUUCUACGACAGAGUGACCGGAGUGUCGUCCUUUAAGGUCACAUGGACCUCGCAGGCCUCGGCCAAUCAGAGGGCGGGAAGAGCAGGGCGAACGGAGCCAGGACACUGCUACAGGCUGUACUCCUCUGCAGUGUUUGGAGACUUCAGUUUGUUCUCUGAGGCAGAGAUCACGCGCAGGCCUGUGGAGGACCUGGUUUUACAGAUGAAGGACCUAAACAUAGACAAGGUGGUCAAUUUUCCCUUCCCCACACCGCCCUCUGCUGAGGCUCUGAUCGCAGCAGAGCAGCUUUUAGUCUCUUUGGGGGCCUUGAAAGAGCCGCCUCGCACUGGAAGGGUGAAAGAUAUUCAACAAGCCAGCCUGAGCUGUCCCAUCACCCCCCUGGGUAGGGCAAUGGCAUCGUUCCCCGUGGCACCGCGUUACGCUAAAAUGUUAGCGCUCGGGAAGCAGGAGGAUUGUCUGCCGUACGUCAUCGCCGUGGUAGCGGCCAUGACGGUCCGGGAGAUUUUUGAAGACCUAGACAGACCUGCACGUAGUGAAGAUGAAAACUCCAAGCUCACCCAGCGUCGAGCUCGGCUCAACCAAAUGAGGAGGCUGUGGGCUGGGCAAGGAGCUUCUCUCCUGCUGGGAGACCUCAUGGUCAUGCUGAGUGCUGUUGGUGCUUGUGAAUUUGCUGGCUGUACUCCCAAGUUUUGUGAGGACAACGGACUGAGGUACAAAGCCAUGGUGGAGAUCAGGAAGCUCAGAGGACAACUAACCAAUGCAGUGAAUGCAGUGUGUCCAGAGGUGGGAGUGUUUGUGGAUCCCAGGAUGACUCCUCCGACAGAGCACCAGGUGCUUUGCCUGCGGCAGAUCGUUCUGGCCGGACUGGGAGACCACAUUGCGAGACGUGUACAGUUAGAAGAUAUGCUGGACCCGAAAUGGAAGAAUGGAUACAAGACGCCUCUUAUGGACGAGCCGGUGUUCAUUCAUCCUAAAUCUGCACUCUUCAAAACGUUGCCUGAGUUUGUCGUAUACCAGGAGGUCAUGGAGACCACCAAGAUGUACAUGAGAGGUGUUUCAGUUGCAGAAGUCGAGUGGAUCCCUCAGUUUCUGCCUCAGUACUGUCAUUUUGGGACUCCACUGGAAACACCAUCACCGUGGUUCUGCUCCUCUUCCGGCACCAUCAGAUGUCACCGUUCAAGCACGUUCUUCCGUGUGGGUUGGCAGCUGCCUGCAGUGGAGAAGGAAUAUCCAGAAGGUCUGGACCGCUACAAGCUGUUUGCCAGGUUUUUCCUAGAGGGACAGGUUUGUCCUAAACUAAAGAAACACAGUGGCCACCUUCUCUCAAACCCCUCUAUCAUGCUGAAAACAUGGGCAAAGUUGCAGCCCCGGACGGAGGCUUUACUGGCACCGCUGGUGUCAAAGAGGAUCGACUCCAGAGAGGCGCUCCUCUCUCUCUGGAAGACUGAAGAUAAAUUUCUGUUGUCGGGGUACUGCCAGUGGUUACCUGAAUCCAUGCACCAGGAAGUGGCAAAAAGUUGGCCUCCUGUAUAAAAACCUGUAAAGCAGAAAUAAUGCAGUGGACUUUUGACCAGAGACUUAACAUUGGCCUAUAUUUAUCAGAAGGACUUCUCUUUCUGCCUCCCUGCUGUUUUUACCACCUGUUUAAUACCACAGCACUGCCUUUUGACAGUUUUGUAUUUUAUAUACUGUAAAAAUUAUUUUCAGCCAGAACACAUUUCAACAAUAAAUCCAUAAUGACUUUUAACUCGUUGUAACUCAAUGUGCUGCUGUCAUUUAUAUUUGUGUUAUUUAGUCUUUAUAAGACUUAUAAAAACUGUGACUCUGAAAAAA